GCUCACUACCUUCUCCAUCCUUUCCUUUUCGUUGAAUACCUUCUCCCUCCCUCUUUAAGCUUUAGUGAGAGCCUAACGUGUAAAAAGUAUGGUGGUAGAUAAGUCAUGAAAAAUACUAGUAUAUAUUAGUGAGAAUAAAAUUAAAUAUAAGACAAAAAAAAUUUAUGUUUGGUCUCCCAUUAUAACUUGCAAGUCAAAGAAAUAUACAUGCAUAAAAAAGAUCACGACAGAUGUCGAUAAACAAAUUAAGUCGAAAUCAUCUUCAUAAUAGAAUUUGAAGAAAACUCGUAAUCAUUUGCUAUGUUUUUUCUAUAUAGUUUCUUUCAUUGUUCUUGCUCUAUUUUAUGUAUCUAUUAGAUUCUUCUUAAUUAAGAAGUGACACUAUUACCUAAUUCUCAAACACUUAAAGCCUUUUCUCUCUCCCGUAGAGGAACUCUCUCUAAACUCUAAACCUAUAAAAACCCUCCUCUCCCAUCUCCUUCCUCCUCAUCCUUCCUUUCUCAAACAGACCCACAAAAUAAUUAAAAAAAAAACAUAUCCCCCAAAUUAACUCACUUUCCUUCUCUGGAAAAUACCCCUAAUUUUCCCAGAAACCAAACUUUUGCAGCAAAAGCUAUAAAAAAAAAAAAAAAGACGCAAUGUCUUUCACUUUUAGCAACGACACCUACUCUCUAAAGGCGGAGAAAGCCGACGCCAUCAGAAAGUUCAAUCAGCAGCAAAACUUCUUAUACUUCGGCCGGCUGCUCGGCGCCACGGUUCUCCUCCUCUGGUCAUUCAAAACGCUUCCGUUUUUAACGCAGAUGGCUUCCGCCUACAUCUCGGUCUUCGGCCAGCAGCUCUGCGCCUUCCUCGUCGCCAACGCCAUCGUCAUCUUCGUCUACCACUUCUCCACCGCCGCCGCCAACAACACCAUCGCCGCCGCCGACAAGGACGUCGUCGUCAAUUCAUCGUCACCGGAAUCUUCUCCCCUCCCCUCGGACAUAUACGACGAGUAUGUCUCGCUGUCGAGCCGGCCAACCGGCGGAGUGGAAGAGCUUCAGCCGCCGUCGGAUAAUGCUUCCGACGGACUGGUUGAGCCGGCGGCGGCGGCGGCGGCGGAGGAGGGUUUUGGUGACGGGAAGGAAGGGAGCCGGCUGCGGAGGACGAGAUCGGUGGUGGUUGAGGCAACGGCGACGGAAAGUUGUGGUGGUGGUGGUGGUAAUAGCAUCCGUCACGAAAAAGGUUGUGAUAAAAAGGAGCUGCGGCGGUCGGAGACGGUGGUGAUGAAGGCGAGGAGGAAACCAGCCUCCGAGGCGGCGGCGGCACUGGGGAAGAGCUUGAGUUUCAACCAGGCGAGGAAGUCGAUCGAGGAGAUGAACAACGACGAGUUUAAUAUGACGGUGGAGAGCUUUAUAGCGACGAAGAAGAAGCUCUUACGGGACGAGAACAUCGCGGUUUUAGAGACGGGAAUUUGACCGUCGCCAAAUGUUGGCCGUUAGCUUGUCCGAGGUAAUUAAAGCAGCAGGAGAUUGAGGAGGUUCAGUGAGUUUCCGGCGAUGAUAAUGAUGAUCAAUUUAUUGUUAUUGUUAAUGACGGAUUAAUUAGGGAUCUGGGAGCAUGAAUUUCCUGUUCCGGCAGUUAAUCAUGAUGAGGUUAAUUAAGUAUGUACAAAGAGACAGAUGAUCGUGAGCCUAAUUUUAAUUAUGUUACAGUGUUGAUAAUAAUAAUAAUGAUAAUGAUAAGGUAUCGUUAAUUUUUAUUUAUUUAUUUUCAGUUUAAUUUCGUUGUUCCGGAACAUCUAAUCUGCUCCUUGUUCCCGACAGAAUUUACAGGCCUAAGCUCUGUUUCUUGUCUGUUGGGGACUUGGGGUUGACUUGGAAUUUUUUUUUUCCCCUCUGGUUUUCUUUUCCCAAAAUAUAUUGCGCCACAAUGAUGAUUCACAAUUAAGUUAAGAUACUGUUUUUUUUCCUUCUUCUAGUGGAUGGAACCAAUCAUUGAGCUGGGUAAUCAUUUCCCCAACAAUUCUGUGUUAAGUUUGAGCUUGUUAUGUACAGCUGAAGCUAAUUAAUUAGUUACAAAAUCCAGAUUAAGCUCGUGAUUAGAAAAUAUUUUCUAGUAUCAUCAACUAUAAGUUUAGUAUAUUGACAGCUUUAUUUAAUUAAUUUAUGCAUAGUCAUUAGACCAAGCCAACUUUGAUCUUAAGAUGGUGUGGUAGUGCACAACAUACACUGGCUUAUAUGCUAAUGCUAUUCAUCCAUUAUAAGAGAAUAAAUUAAUAUAUAAAUAAAUAAUUCUUUUAGUUCCCAGCGGCUCAAUGACUAGUGUACAUCUGUACUAAACAAUAAAUACUCCUGCCACGUCAUAAUUGUAAGAAAAUAUCGCUUUUUGAGUCCACCUAAAAAUGCAAGAUUAAAUUUUUUGAUUGUUAGUAGGAAGAAUUUUACUAAGGUCUCACUCUCGACGGGCCGAUUCCUUGUAACUCUGUGUUUACCGUCUUCUACCCCUUCAAAAUAGAUAAUUAAGUCUUAAUAUGUCGUUAAUGCUGAAGUUAAAUGAAUAGUAAUCAACGAAAGAAACAAAGCAAACAGCGGUUUAGGUAACUUUUAUUUGUUAAAUAUAAUCUCUUUUGAUUUUGUAAAAGAAGGGGGCCGCGCCCGUACAAUUUGUUUGCAUAGGGGAAACUAGACGAAAGCGAUGUGUGUUUUAUUUUAUUAAUCAGUCUUCAGGUUGCUAAUAAUAAUGGAGCCUGCUUUGCUUUAUUUGAUUAAAAACCUCCUAAUCAUAUCUAAUUAUACUCCUUGUUAAUUAACCUCGAGGAGGAGGUUUUGUUUUACAUGUCAGUUCCAUCUCCACUUGUUGGCCGAUCUAGGCAGGUUAAGAAAAUUAGGUGUUUAGAAUUUUUUUAUGGUUUUACCUACUCUUGAGAAAAUAUUAAUUAUAAAAACUCUUUAAGUAUGAAUUCUUGUAAUAAGGGAGUCUUAUCAAGAAUCUGAUAGAUUAAUAAACUAUAAAUUAAGGUGUUAAACAAGAGUAAGUAGUGAAAGAUGGAUGGAGUUGGAGGCAGAGACUUGCUGAAGAGACCUGCUAACUGAUGUGUUGUGGAGAUAUGAAUAAUGCUACUAAUCCGAGCUCUUAAUUACUAAGUGACAAUACAACUCAAUGAGUUUGGUUCAUUCAUGCAAGGUGGGAUUUUCAACCAUGUAUAUGGUUGAGUGAUAGUAGAGUCUGUUGGAUGAAGAUGAUGUAUUUGGAAGUUAUGAAGUUCUUGUAUAAAUGAGUUUACCAACCAACGUUCUGUAGAGUUCAAGAUCAAAGAAGGGAUAAUCAUUUUUAGCUGGAAGAUGAGCAUUGUAAUCCAAGAUAUAGUGACAAGUUUCUCAUGCAUUUAAGAUAAAUUAUUUCAAUUUGU